UCUCUCUCUCUCUCUCUCUCUCUCUCUCUCCGCUCUAUAGAAGUUUGAAACAAAGCAAAGCCUAAUUUAAGAUCUAAUUUGCAUACCACCAAUUCUACCCAAGUACAAAUGACUGAGGUAUGAAACUAAAGCUUUUGAGGAUGCCAAUAAAGUUGAUGAUGACCACCACUUUAUAGUUCUAGAUCUGCAGAACGUAAAGCCUGCAAAGGAAUUCCAUGUUUAGUAAGAUUCAUAACUUCUGUUUGUUGUAAUGAUUCAUAGCCUUGAUAUUCAUUAUUAGUUUGAUCAAUGCCACGGCAAAACUUGAAUGUGGAGGGAAGGAUUGUAGGGCAGUGCAAGAUCAGAAAGAGAGGGUGUUCAUCAUCGUCUUCUUCCUCAUUUGUGAAGAAUUAUCGAUUGAAACGUGCGAUUUUGGUUGGCAAGAGAGGAGGGUCAAGCACUCCAGUGCCAACUUGGAAGAUGAAUUCAAGAUCACCUUCAUUGCAAAAUGAAAUAUCAAUGAAGAAUCUGCCUGUGAAGGGUGGUGGUGGAGGGAAAGAUCUGUUGUCGGUUUCAGCGCGACAAUUGGCUGCUACUUUAUGGGAGAUCAAUGAGGUUCCUCCGCCCAAUACAAAAGAAAAUUUGGAGGAGAAAAGAAAUAAGAUGAAGAUGAGGAACAGAGGGCUUGUGAAGCAUUUAGAUGAUCCAUCUCAUAGUCCUGUUUCAGAGAGAAUGGAUCCAUCUAAAGGGGCUGGUCACUGCAGAAGAGCAUCUGUUGCUUCUCACAAACUUCAGCUCACUGAUUAUAAUUUGGGAGGAUUGAAGUCUCUCCACAAUGCUAGUAUAGUGGAGAUUGAACCUCAAACAUGUGGCCAGACUCCAAGUGGAUGCACAUUUGGAGUUAAGACCCGUUUAAAGGAUGUCCGUGACAGCCUGACCACCUGUAAGGAGCUUGUGAAGGUACUAAAUCGCAUUUGUGGUCCGGAGCAUCAACAUUCAACAAGCUUAUCCCUUGUCUCAGCACUAAAGAUUGAGCUUGACAGAGCUCGUCUAGAGGUCGGUAAAUUAAUCCAAGAACAAGGGUCUAACCAUAAAGAGAUCGAUUUCAUCUUGAAGCAAUUUGCAGAAGAAAAGGCAGCUUGGAAAAUUAAAGAACAGGAUAAAAUUCACAAUGCCCUUAUGUCCAUAGCACGAGAGCUUGAAAUCGAGAAGAAACUGAGAAGACAAACUGAGAGACUGAACAAGAAGCUUGGCAAGGAAUUGGCAAAUACUAAGGCAUUCCUGUCAAAAGCAGUCAAAGACCUGGAGAGCGAGAAGACGGCAAGAGAGAUAUUGGAGCAAGUCUGUGACGAGUUAGCCAGAGGUAUUGGAGAAGACAGAACCGAGGUGGAAGAACUAAAGAAACAAUCUGCUAAAGUUCGUGAAGAGGUGGAAAAAGAAAGGGAAAUGCUUCAACUAGCUGAUCUGUUAAGAGAGGAAAGAGUCCAAAUGAAGCUUUCGGAAGCCAAGUAUCAAUUUGAGGAGAAAAAUGAAGCUGUGGACAAGCUUAGAAGUGAGCUUCAGUCCUACUUGAGAACCAAAGCGGGGGGAGAAAAAGAUGAUGGCUCUCCAAACUAUGACAGAAUCAAAGAGCUUGAAGAGUAUUUAAAGAGAACAAUUUCAGGGUCAUGUCAAAACGGUGGGAUAGAGAAGGAUGAAGGGGAAGUAGUAAAUGAAGAGGAGUGUGGAGGAGAUGAUUCGGCUGAUAGUGAUCUUCAAUCCAUUGAACUAAAUAUGGACAACAGCAGAAAGAGCUAUGAAUGGAGUUAUGCGUGUGGAGGAAUUGCUCCAAAUGAUCCAAAGACGAUUCCACUUGAUAAAAUCAAGGGGAGGAAAUCUAUUUCUGAGAAAACUCAACACAGAGGUGUUUCCUUGGAAAGCAAAGAUUCAAAUGGCAUCAAAUGGGAAUUUGGCACUAAACAUCAAGAAAGUUUAGAGGGAGUAGAGGGUGAAAUAUUUUUAGACCUUGCUUCACAAGCUCAGAAGAAAGAUUAUGAAGAUGAGAUCAGGAGAUAUGAAAUGAUUAGAGAUCUUAGAGACCAUAUUGUGUCUGGUUCUGGAAAAACAUCUUCCAAAGGUUUUGCUGCUAGUCCAACGCAGAUGAUGUUGAGUGAAGGAUUGGCAGUGUUGCAGGGAGCAAGGUGAACGUGAGACUAGAGAUGAUAAAAAACGAAUGCCAGAGUUCAAUAAACUUUUUACGAAAUAUACCUUUUCUCAUCAAUUUUCUUCUGUGGACUAAUUCAUUUGCAUGUCCUAACAGAUGGUCAGAUCUUCUGAAUUUCUGCUGUCUUUGUAGAAACCAAUUGGCACAUUUCGGCUGUGGAAGACUGGGGAUAGAAAUCUGAGAUACAUUAAUUGUAUACAUCCUGCCGCUUCAACUGGUAAUGAAAAGCUACAAGUAUCAAUGAGUCUUGCUGUUCUGUUUAUCUCAGCAAUCAAUCCCCCCAAUUCCUUAUUCUCUGAUUUUUUUGGGCCAUUUCUGCGCCUAGAGAUCUUUCAGCUUUGACUGUAGUUUUUGUUAUGCUUGACAACCAACAAUUAAUUUUUUACGGUGUGCCUGG